UUCCCGAACGGACAAAUACCGAAAAGUUCAGGGUCGUGCGCCAUACCCGCUUUAUGAAUGGCCGGAGCAUGGAGGAAAUACCAUUCGAAAGAGUCAAGACCCGGCGGAGGAAGGGUCACUGUCCGGCCGGUGCAGCCCUGGGUGCAAUCGCCUGCGAGGAUGAGUUCAACAGCCGGGAGUUGGAGGCUCUCUUCCAAACCUACAAUCUGAAGCUGGAGCAGACCGCCACGCUCAAAGCCCUUGCGGUGCUUAUCGUGGCCGCGUCGUCGCUGGCCCUAGUGGAGCUGCUCUCCGGUCCCCGUCUCACCGUGUCCAAGGGCUCCCACCCGGUGCACUGCGUGGUGUUCCUGUCGCUGUUUAUCGUCACCAACGUCAAAUAUCUGCAGGUGACGCAGCUGCAGCAGAUAGCGAAGCUUGCCCUGCUUUUCAGUUUCACCUUUGCAUUGCUCUGCUGCCCCUUCCCGUUGGCGCUCGGCACGUCCGAGUUGGAGAGUGCCGUUGCCCCUGAGCAAGGUGUAUGGCAGCUCAUGCUGGUCACUCUCGUGGCUUACGUGCUGCUGCCGGUGCGGACUCUGCUAGCCGUGCUGUUUGGAGUGAUGGUUGCUGCGUCUCAUUUCAUUGUCACAGCGACGUCGGUCACUGGAAGGAAACAAAAGCUCUGGAGACCGCUGGUGGCCAAUGCGGUACUGUUCACCAGCGUCAACCUGUCAGGCGUUUUUGUGAGAAUUCUCACCGAACGCACCCAGAGGAAGGUCUUCCUGCAAGCCCGCAAUUGCAUAGAGGAGAGGCUGAGACUGGAGGAUGAGAAUGAGAAACAGGAGCGUCUGCUAAUGAGCCUACUGCCCAGAAAUGUUGCCAUGGAGAUGAAGGAGGACUUCCUGAAACCGCCUGAGAGGAUCUUUCACAAGAUCUACAUCCAACGUCAUGACAACGUCAGUAUUCUGUUUGCAGACAUUGUGGGUUUCACCAGCUUGGCUUCUCAGUGCACUGCUCAGGAACUGGUCAAGCUGCUGAACGAACUCUUUGGGAAAUUUGAUGAGCUGGCUACAGAGAAUCACUGCAGGCGCAUAAAGAUCCUCGGGGACUGUUACUACUGUGUGUCAGGCCUGACCCAACCCAAGGCAGACCAUGCUCACUGCUGUGUGGAAAUGGGUCUAGACAUGAUUGACACAAUAGCGUCGGUGGUAGAGGCAACAGAGGUGGACCUGAAUAUGCGUGUGGGCCUGCACACAGGACGGGUGCUGUGUGGUGUGCUGGGCCUGAGGAAAUGGCAGUAUGACGUCUGGUCCAACGAUGUCACACUGGCAAAUGUGAUGGAGGCUGGAGGGCUGCCUGGCAAGGUGCACAUCACAAGAACCACUCUGGAGUGUCUGAAUGGAGACUAUGAGGUGGAACCAGGCUUUGGCCAUGAGAGACAUGCAUUCCUUCAGAAACAUCACAUAGAGACCUUCUUUAUUGUACCGUCCCACAGGCGCAAGAUCUUUCCGGGACUGAUUCUGUCAGACAUCAAACCAGCCAAGAGGAUGAAGUUCAAGACUGUGUGCUACCUGUUGGUGCAGCUCAUGCACUGCAGGAAGAUGUUCAAGGCUGAAAUCCCCUUUUCCAAUGUCAUGACCUGUGAGGACGAUGACAAGAGAAGAGCCCUGCGGACCGCAUCGGAGAAGCUUAGGAGCCGGACAUCUUUCUCUGCCACUGCUGUGCAGCAUUCACCAGGAACCCGGGUCAACCGCUACAUCGGCCGCCUCAUCGAGGCACGGCAGACUGAAUCUGAAACCUCAGACCUCAACCACAUCACACUGGUCUACAGGAACAGAGACAGGGAGCGCAGGUAUCACCAGGUGUACGACGAUCAUUUCAUCAGUGCAGUGGUUCUCUCUCUGAUCCUCGCUGCCCUAUUUGGCCUUAUCUAUCUCCUAAUGAUUCCACAGUACGUACACACAGACAUACAGGGAAUGCUAGUGCUGCUGCUGUUGGUGCUGUGUGUGUGUUUCCAUGUGGCCUGCGUCAUGUACCUGUACCUCACCAGUGUCCAGUGCCAUCCAGGCUGCCUCACCAUCCAGAUUCGAACAGUACUGUGUGUCUUCCUUGUUCUGCUCACCUACUCUAUCACCCAGGCCUGUGUGGUGGGAUGCGUUCCGUGGGUGAGAGGUGGGAAUAAUUACAGCAGUCCCACAGAGGUGGUCAACAUGGAUACAUCAGGGGGUGGGUCAGCCAACAGAACAGUAGCAGACAGGGCAUGUCCCAACGUGACAUAUGCCCUUUUGUCCUGUGUAGCAGGGACCCUCACUAUCGUCCCCUACCUUCGUGUCUCCUCACUCCCCAAGAUCCUCUUGCUCCUUCUCCUCUCUGCUAGCUAUACCAUUGUCAUGGAGACCAGUGGCUAUCGCCAAGCUGUGGGGGGAGGGUUUCUCCACACGAGGGGAUAUGAUCCUGUGUUGGCUGUGUUGCUGUUUGCUGGAGCUCUGGCUCUACACUCAAGACAACUAGAUCUGAAACUACGGUUGGACUAUCUCUGGGCCACUCAGGCAGAGGAGGAGAGAGAUGACAUGGAGAAAGUGAAGCUUGACAACAAGAGGAUCCUGUUCAACCUACUACCUGCCCACGUGGCUCAGCACUUCCUCAUGUCUAACCCCAGAAACAUGGACCUGUACUACCAGUCUUAUGCUCAGGUCGGAGUGUUGUUUGCCUCCAUUGCCAACUUCAAUGACUUCUACAUUGAGCUGGAUGGGAACAACAUGGGAGUGGAGUGUCUGAGGCUACUUAAUGAGAUCAUCGCCGACUUUGACGAGCUGAUGGAUAAAGAGUGCUACAGGGACAUAGAAAAAAUCAAAACUAUCGGCAGUACGUACAUGGCUGCAGUAGGGCUGGUUCCUACGACUGGCUCCAAGGCUAAGAAGUCCAUCACCUCACACUUAUGCACAGUAUCAGACUUUGCCAUUGAGAUGUUUGAUGUCCUGGAUGCGAUCAACUACCAGUCUUACAAUGACUUUGUCCUGAGAGUAGGCAUUAAUGUGGGACCAGUGGUGGCAGGGGUGAUUGGAGCCAGAAGGCCUCAGUAUGAUAUCUGGGGAAACACGGUGAACGUAGCCAGCAGGAUGGACAGCACUGGAGUGCAAGGCAAGAUACAGGUGACAGAGGAUGUGUAUCGCAUCAUCACAGACUAUUACCACUUUGUAUGCAGAGGCCAGGUCAGUGUCAAGGGCAAAGGCCAGAUGCUCACUUACUUCCUGGAGGGGCGGAGCCAAAGCAGCAGGCCAUCUCAAACCCAGCAACCCCGCAACACUGAUCGCCAGUCAAGUGCUUUUGCCCACGCCAAUGUGUGUACGAGGUUAAGCCCUGCCCCGACAGUAACCACCUAUGCUACAAUCAGGACCCCUAGCCCUGGCAUGGCUAAGCCAACCACAUCCACCAGCACCACCAGAUACUUGCCCUCUGUCCCCACGGCCAUGGUGUGAUUGACAUGCACACUGUCUCCAUGGUGACCAUGGUGGCCUUGAAGACAAGAGAAUGAGAGAGAAGGUGGGGAAACAAUAUGCAGCCGGCAGGGAUGGCAAAGGGAUAGCAGUAGCAGAGAGAGGACAGAGCAGGAUAUAAGAAAAUGAACGAGGGCAAAAGAGGAGUUUCUCCUCCACUCUUAUUGAACUGCCUGUGGAGCUUUGCUUCCCUACAAAGGCGUUGGCCCUCAUACUGUAUGAGAAGCAGAAAUGAGAGACUGAUGGCCUGAUGGCUUGGACUGUAUCUAUGACUGGGCACGGGAGUCUGAGGAGGACUCAGACUCCUCCUCCACGUCUAAGCUCUGUUUGUCGUUUCACACAAAAGGGUUUCAUUAACAUCAGUAGGAUGUUUUAGCCACGUUGCUCUGUAACCAAUCAAAGGCCAAGGAUGUCUGCAGGAUUUCAGGGUAGACUCCCUAAUUGUAUCCACAACUAUUCUAAACUAAAUCAACAUUGAAAACACAAUUGAUAGUGUAGCACGCAAGCCUGUCAUGCCAUCUUGAAUAUACCUUAACUGCAGCUGACCCUUUUUCUCUGUAUAAACCAAAUCAGUGCUGUUGCCUUAGCGACCACUCCUCAGAAUGAGUUUAUUGCCGUGUUAUAUUGCCUUUCAGAUCCAUUAUUGAUUUAUUGGAGACCAAUUAACUCUUCAAACUAAUUAAUUAACUACAAUGGGACACUCAUGUCCAAGAGAUAUACAUUUUUAAAGCGGAUGAAGCCAAAUGUAUAAUUGUAAAUGGCAUUUUUGGUAUGAACCUGCCUACGCAACAAUGCUUUGCCUUCAAUCACUUUUGGAUUAGUGAUACUGUACAUUUAUGGCACAUGCCCCUUACGUAUAACCCUCUAAUGGCACAUGAGGUAAAACUCUUGAUUCCCUGAGCAAGGCCACCAGGCUGCUCAGUGUCUUUAAGUGCAUGACGCCACUGCUGCAUUUCAGUCAUGUUUGCUGUCUGUUUCCUUAUGAUGCUUGACUUCCAGAUUCUUCCUUGAUCCUCGUCAAAUUGUAGCAAUAAAGCAGUUUGUUUCCUCAGCCAAACCACCCUUGCAUGCUGUAGCUACCUAAAUCAUAUUUUGACCUGAUAGUGUAUGUAGCCAAUAGAGUGUGCUUAGCUAACCACACGUCUGUAUCUCUGUGGAUCUGAAGCAUGGUUUAGAACUUAUUUUCUGUAUUGUGUGAGUGUGAUUCCUUCUUUAAGGCAUUACAAAAACAAGAACUUUUUUCUGCCUGCCUAUUUAUAAAGAAAUAUUUUCUAUUGUUGAAAUAUUAUAAAUAUUAUGUUGAACAGUUUCUUUUUUUCAUGAAAACUCAUGAAAGCUGCUCUGAUAGAAAAAGAGGAACACUCUGCUAUUUAUGAAGAGAUGUCCAAACUUCCAUCCGACUUCCUCAUACAAAUCGAAACGAUUUAAGCCUAUUUUAUGGCACAGCAUGCUACUUAUGGCUUACAAUAGCCAUUACAGUCCUUUACCCUGGUCUAGCAUGCACUGCCUGCAAGCCCGCAGCUCUCACAUGCAUGCUAGAUGAGUUAUAACACAGCCCAAGCAGCAAACACACAGUGACUCUAUUUUAAUGUGGUCCUCAUGCAUGCGCUAAGGUAGCGGUCCUCUUGAAUGUAAGGUGCUUUUCGACCUGUGUCUUCUCUAUGAGCUUUGUGUGCCCGUGGGAUGCUCUGAGGACAUUUCAGGAUAGACUGACAUCAGGAUGGGGGUUGUUCUCCCCUCCUGCUUUAGUCAACAGGUAGCUGGUUUUCAAAUGUGCCAACCUAUUUUCAUAAACAUAUCAAACUUCAGUGUUGAGCUGUAGCACAACUGAAUGUGAGGCUACAGUAUUUGUGAAUUUACUUUGUUGAAUGCCUGUAUUUUUACUGUUUAAGCUGAGUUCUUUACAAGUUUUGUAAUUCAAAUGAUGGGAAAUGUUAAUUUUGGAAAGGUUUCUUUGGACUCCAUAACCUGAUUGAGAUUAUGUUUAAAGUUCAUAGUAGCUUGAAUAUAUACUUUGAGUUUCUAAGAGGUAAAAUUGAGGAUUUUUAUACCCUUGCGUGGAACAGUUGGUAAUGUUGAUGGAAAGGGGUUAUGUACAAUAUUUUUUCCUGUGGAUUAGAUAUUUUCAUACUGUAUGAUACGGGUUUAAAUUGUUAUAUGUAGGUAUUACUAGCUAUUAUUGUACAUUGUAGAGUCUUUCUCAGAGAUAUAUUAUGAAUGAAUAGAUAUUUGUCAAGUUCUUUUGUUCAAGAUGUAUUUAUUGAGAUGUUUUACGUGAAUGUACAUUUUGUUAAGACAAUAUUUUAUACUGUGUUUGCACUGCUACUAUAUUGACGUAUUAUGAUUAUGAAAUAAA